AUGUCUCCCAGUGGCGCCGGCCCCGGUGCAGCUCUGAGCGCUUUAUCCAUCGGUGGCGGCAGCGAGGCGGUGGUGCGCGGCGAGCUGAUCGCCGGCGACGGCGGCGUCCGCUUCGCGGCGCUGCGGCGGCUGCGCUGGGGGACGCCCAUCCUGACGGAACGCCCAUUGUUGCUGCUGGAGCCCGAUCUGGAUCGUUACCUGAGGGCAGCGGAUGCAGACCCCCGAUUUGCAGAGCUUGCGGAGGCUCUGGGUGAUAGCAGUCGGUUGGCAGCAUAUGUGGCAUUUCGACAGCUUCAUGAACGCAAGCAGAAGGAGUUCUUGGGACUUUGGCGUGAGGAUUUGGAGGCUUCAGAUCCAGUGGCCAAGGCCAUCCAUGAGGCAAACAGGAAAGGGAUUGAAGCGUUUCUGGAAGAUCACCCGCAAUUUCGGCAGUCCAUUUACUGGAAUCACGUCAUCCUAGUCUCCUCGAUCUUUGGCCGUUUCGGACAGGUGAAUUCAGAUGGCAGCAAAGCAAUUUACAGCAUCUGCAGCCACAUUCGGCACAGUUGCAAGCCCAACGCUGCAUGGUUCACCUUGAGGAAAGGAUUUCCGCAAGGGAAGAGGAUGUUGCAUGUGAUCAGCCUGGAUGGAAUCCAACGGCGUGAGGAGAUCACGGUCUCUCAUGUGGAGGAGCCAGUGCUCUUGCAGCCGCGGCUUAGGCGAAGCCUCCAUUUGGUGAAAGUCUUGGGCACGCCAUGUCCUUGUGAUCGUUGCAGGGCCAAUGAUGAGGAAGCAGAUGAGAGGAUCCGCUAUCUUUUUGCCAAACUUUCAGCCACCUUGGCAGUUCAGCCGCCCACUGACAGCUCCACGGCAACGGCACAAGAGUGCUUGCGGGAGCUGGAUCAGUUGCUGCCCUUUUCCAUGCAGACCAAAGCUAAGGCCAAGGUCCUCCUUGCCACGUCCUUGGGGGAACUCUCACAGCGUGCGGCGUGGCAGCAAGACAACCGGCCUGCCAACAUCGUGCUUUGGACAGGUCUCGAUCCAGAGAGUCAGGAGCAGAGGCUGAAAGAUUCCAAGCGGCUCUACGAGACGGCUGGAAAGGACUUUGAAUAUUUGCUGGGACAAGAUGCCUUGCCCAUUUUGGAGAGGAUGGAGUCUGGGUAUGCACCAGUCCAAGAUCAGCAUAAGAUGUUGACAAAGUACCGCGACAAGGCCGAGGCGGCCGAGGCGGUCCUGGAAAGUGAAGGUGCUGGAAUACCAUUUGAGCACAAGCCACAGAGCUAUGAGCCCAAUCUUCCGCGCCCUGGGAUGCCGCCAACAUGGGAGGAACUCUUCAAAAGGACCAAAUGA